AUGUCGGGUCUCGAUCGCCAAGCUAUGGAGCAGGAGCGAUUGGCAAGACAAGGCAAGCGAAAGCGAGAGCCCUCACCUGUGUCAGCCUCGAAACUUGAAUUGUUCAAUCCUUUGGAAGGACAGGAUGAUGCGUGGCAGCUAGGCGAGCCUGUUGAUGACUUUGUCAGGCGACUUCCUCCAUACACAACCUCCAUCUCUACAUGUCCCUGGAUCUGGGCUGCUAAUCCGUAUCGCAAUCCUCGCGACAAGUCACCUUCGCCGCGCGUUCAAGACUUUACAUCGCAUGGCACGGAGUUACUCCAACAGUCGCUCCAGACCCGCCGCGACAUCCAGAAUGAAGGCGCGAAGGGGCCUAGGGGCAUGGUUACUAAACAGCUCCUCCAAGAGAGCAAAGCUCUACAAGAACGGAUCUCGGACCUUGCAAAGGACACGCAUGUUCUGUCCGGAAAGGUGGCCACAGACGACGGCAAGGACGAGCGACUAAUCUGUGUCUACACAAAGGACUUCCUGGACGCUGACGAUGUACUGCGAGUACUCCAUGAGCUUGAGACCAUGGGUCUCAUCAACGUCGGCAGGACCAUUUACUACAAACCAGACGCCUACACUUAUCUGGACCUUAGACGAGAGACGGCUGCAGCAUAUGGACUCCAAGCCAGUCUUUACAACUCACGAACUCUGUUGGCAGCUAACAAAGUUUCAAAGUCAUCCUCGUUUCCGCAGAAGAAGCAGUCGACGCUGAAGAAGUGA